AUGGCCAUUUUUAGUUGUUUCACACUGUAUCGUGUGUGGGUGAAUCCGGAGUCGGACAGUGUGUACAUUGCAAUCAUCAAUUUUUGCUGGAGCUCGUACUACACCGCUUAUUUAUUAUUCAACUUAUCGCUGGCCGAUAUGGUUCAGACGGAGGCCAAGAGUAUUGGCAUAUCCGCCCAUAAGACCAUCAAUUUGGUAGACGAUGAUGAAAUUUGUGAUAAGCUCCUACUGCUGUCAAAUCAAAUUUAUCAACGGACUCCGGUAGUUUCCUGCAAACUGUUCAACUUCGACGCAUCGUUGAUUUUUUCGACGCUUGGAACCAUCACAACCUAUCUAGUGAUUUUGAUUCAAUUUGACAUACUUUCUGGAGAUGUUGAGUAA